UUUUGCUUAACAACAAAAAAAGUGUAAGUAAGUAGUAAACAAGAUACUUGGUAAAACAAGCGUUUAAAAAAUUGAAUAAUAAUGGAUAAGAACGAGCGUGAGCAACGGUUUGAUGGCUUGCUGUUUUCACUGGCAGAACAGCAUCCAUCUGGUGUUUUAGAUCUUCUUCAAACUAUCGCUGGAUUUUUGGCACGUAAAACGGACUUUUUUACUGGAGGAGAUGAUGGUGAAUGGGAAAAAGUUUUGAUUAAUACGUUCAAAAAGGAAGGUGCACAAGCUAUAGAAGCAGCAAAGCAAAAGAGACGUGAAAAAGAGGAAGCCGAAAAGAGACGUCAAGACACCAUUAAGAAGAAGAAAGAAGAGGAAGAAGCAGCAGCAGCAGCUCAAAGUAAAUCAGCUACAAUUACAGAAUUGACUGACGAAGAAGCUGAAAAUCUGCAAAAAGAAAUUGAUGGUAAAAAGAUUAAUGAAAAGAUACCAGAAGUUUCAAAGCCACUUACUGAGGAAGGAGAUGAGGAGCUGGAUGAAGAAGAAAAGAAAAAAUUGAAACCAAAUGAAGGAAAUGGAUGUGAUUUAGAGAAUUACCGUUGGACACAAUCAUUACAGGAAGUUGAGCUACGAGUUCCAUUUAAGAACAUUGCAAAUUUAAAGGCAAGAGAUGUAUGUGUAGUAUUGACAAAGAAGAACAUCAAGGUUGGAUUGAAAAAUCAAACACCUGUUAUAGAUGGCGAGCUUUAUGCUGAAAUUAAGACUGAUGACUCACUUUGGACAAUUGAUAAGAAUACGAUUGUAGUUACUUUUGAGAAAAUCAACAAAAUGAGUUGGUGGGAUAAAAUUAUUAAAUCAGAUCUACCAAUUUCAACUCGCAAAAUUAAUCCUGAGCCAUCAAAACUAUCAGAUUUGGACGGAGAAACAAGAUCGAUGGUCGAAAAAAUGAUGUAUGAUCAGCGUCAAAAAGAAAUGGGACUUCCAACAAGUGAAGAUCAAAAGAAGCAAGACAUAUUAUCAAAGUUCAUGACACAACAUCCUGAAAUGGAUUUCUCAAAAUGCAAAUUUAAUUAAAUGUCACGACUUUCUUCAUACGCUCUGCACCAUUUUGUCAAACUGAUUUUCUGUACUCAAUUCUUUUAUAUUUUGCCUUAAAUAAUAAUCAAGUCAAUAAAUAUCACAAAAUUAAAGAAAUUCACGCUCUAGUUGAGUAACAUAAGAAUCCGAUAAUUUUAAAUUCUACAUGCUGUAUUCAGCACUAGUCAGCUAAUGUAUUGUAGAAAUGAAAUGAAG